AUGGGCGACAGAUCCCAAGACAAUAAUAAGCGAGUGAGGCAAGCGUGCAUUAGCUGUCGACGAAAGAAGAGCCGUUGUUCCGGCGAACGGCCAACUUGCUCCUUUUGCGCGCGGCUUCGCCAACCUUGUUCCUACAAUGAUGAACUGCAUCCCGUAUCGUCAGCACAUGCCGACAGUCUCCAACGACAGAAUACUGACCUGGCAGCCCGCGUUGCCGUGCUUGAGUCGAAAUUAAGUGGUUUGACAGCCGGCGCCAACUCUUCUCCUUCCCUCUUUGACUUCAACACCCCGGUUGCCAUCACUGCCACUGCGGCUGGGCCUAUUAGUUCUCCGAGCCAAGAGCUCUUCAACAACAGAAGCAGCCCUGGUGAUGGCAAUAGUUCAGACGGCUCCUUUGAAUUUCCCAGCGCAGAGACCUUGCAAUCACUGGCAGAUGUCUAUUUCCGAUACUGCCAUAACCGGCCGUAUUGCUACUUUGAGGAGCAUAGCUUCCGAGCGCAGCUCAGAGAUGGGUCACUCCCUCAGUACCUGCUGCUGGCAUUUGCUGCCACUGCCGCCAGAUUUUCGGACAGGACCUCCUGUACAGGCCACCAGCCGGGGGCUAUGAAACAUUAUGCCAAGAUAGCCUGGCAACAGAUUAUCACUCAGUCUCUCGAUGAGGAUCACUCCGUCAAUAUCCAUACUGUACAAGCCGCGAAUAUGCUAGGUGUUCUCGACUAUAUCUCCGGCCACAGCCAAACCGCAUGGAUCAAGAUUGGGCUUGCAGUCCGAUUUGCUCAGAUACUCAAUCUCUGCCAUGAAGUGGAUCAUAGUGGCAGCCACAUAGAGCUCGAGACUCGAAGGCGCACAUUCUGGUCGGUUUACCUCCUCGACAGGCUGGUCUCAUGUGGUCGCAAUCGCCCACCAACGCUUCUUGAUAGCGAUUGCACUAUCAAGUUGCCAUGCAAAGAUGAAGACUUUAGUGGUGGACGGCCAUCCACAUCCACAACAUUAGACGAUGUCCUCGACAUUCCCCUUGAAGCCCCUCUGGAACCGAGCGCCCCUUUUGCCUUGGCCAUCUUCAUGGCCUCUGUGCUUGGUCAUGUGGUGCGUUGGACCCUGCAGCAAAAGCCCGACGAGUCCAGAUUGCCGUGGGAUUGUCGCAGCACGUUUUCCAGGAUCCGUGGUGCCCUCUUGAGUUUCGAGAGCUAUACAGAAGCAACCGAAAGUUUCGAAGCAUUUGAGUCUGCUUUGAAGCAAUCACUCCCGGACCAAGAUGAUGUCAGCUCCAGUGCCACUAGCUGCCACUUUGUCUUUUCCCAUGUGCUCUACCACAUCAACCAGUGUCUCCUAUACCACCCCUUCCUUGUGCGGCAAAGAUUAAAGGCACAUGAUACCAAGAUACCUCCGAGCUUUUUGCGCGAGGCCAUUCGCAACAGCCAUGAGCACGCAGUGUUUCUCGCCAGGAUUCUCAAUAGAUAUCUGCAACGUCCGUCUGAUACUACACCGAGCUUCUUUGGGUAUGCUGCUGUUCUAGCAGGUGGAAUUCUUCACCUCCAUACCCUCGCAGCAGCAGCAUCAUCAUUGUCAUCAUCAUCAUCCGGUCCUUGGAACUCGGCCGAGCUCUUAGCAGUUUGCGUCCGAUUCUUAGAUCAAGGUCCGACAAGCUGGGAGUCAUUCCGACGAAUGGGUUCCAUCCUCAAAGCACUUAGCAUCCCUGCCUCUAGUGCCCAGCUUUUACUUUCGUCAACCAGCAAAGCGAGCAAUCUUGAACCCAAACUUGAGGAGAGUCUUUGGCAGGCCUGUGAUUACAAUCAGAUGGUCACCUUUACCAAGCCAAUCCAGCCAAUUGAGGAGACCUCUGAAAUGGAGCUCCUAACGGAUGAGUGGCCAACAUCUCCUGGCUUGAUGGAACUCCUUGGCCGAGGAUUUCCACCAUCGGAUAUCUUGACAUGGUCCGACUGGGAUCCUUCUUCGCAAGCUUUAUCAUCUGGUUUACUCCAUGACAUUUAUCAACAUGCAGAAGCAGGCAUCGGCGAGACAGCUCUUUCAAUGGACGUCUAG